UUGUUGCAAAAUAUUGCGCUAACAUUCAAAAUCUGUUUAUAAAUGCAGUGUUUCCAUGAUUUGUGUCAGUACUGUACCUGUAAUUGCAUUGUUGUUAUUCUACCUGUCUUUUUGUAUGGUGAUUAUUGUGUAAUUUUGUUAGAAUUUCUUUGGAGUGUCUAUUUUCUCAUCAAUUAUACAGCACUGUAGCUGUUUAUGUAUCAAGCAAUUCGUGAUUACCUUUGGGAUUACCUGUCAAAAAUGGUAUGACUUGUUUGAUGCCAAUACCCCCUGGACAGAAUAGAGUUUUAUCUUUGGGGUGGUGGUAAGAGCAUUGGUGGGGAGGGGGUGAUGGUUUAUGGAACUUAAUAUUUUGCUCACUGAGAGGUAAGGGUGUGAACAUGCUGUUUUUCCCGCUGAUCAUCCUGUUUUUCCUUCACAUAAUGGGGUGGACGAGGUGUCAGAGUGCCGCUGGUGUCUGAGGAGAACGUCAAGUGACAGCAGAGAUGGAUGACAGAAAACGCCAGAAAGGCGAGCGCCGUGAACUCGCAAACUGGAGUGUGCACACCACUAGGGGGCGUGGUGACAGGCCUGAUCGUGCUGCUCUCUCUGGUCUUCCUCAUGCCACUCUUUUGCUACGUCCCUAAGGCCGCUCUAGCUGCGGUCAUCAUCUCCUCUGUGGCUCCCAUGGCUGACCUCCGAGGGUACCAGGAGAUCUGGGAGGUUGGAGGAGUGGACCUGGUGUCUUUCCUGGUGACCUUCCUGGUGAGCUUCUGGGAGAUGCAGUAUGGCAUUGUCGGAGGUGUAGCUUUUUCCGGAGCAAUCCAUCUGUUCAGUUUUACUAGAAAAAAGCUCUCUGUGAACUCCAGCAUACAUCACUCAUGACUCACCCUGGAGAAACUUGAACAAUGUAUCAGCAGGUCACCUCCUCACCUGGAUUAUUUUGCCCUCAGUAAUCCUAUCAAUUUUGAACUUCCUUGAUGAUAUUUAACCAUAUAUUUCAUAAAAAUGUAAUGUUUCCUCAAAAACUGAUGCACAUGAAGUUACAGGAAGAGAAAUAAUGUGUCUGGGGAAGAUUGCGUUGAGAUGUUCUUGUAAACCUUCGCCAUCUCAACCAAACAUGGUGCAUCAGUGACCUCCGGUGGUGGAUGCGAGAACCGCGCAGCUCUACUGGUGGACUAUUGGGUGAAAUCAAGGGCAGAGGAAAGCAGGGGAACUCCAGAGGACAAGUCGUGCUUGUCUGCACUCUCCCAAAUUGAGAAAGGAAGUUGCAGUGAUGAGAUGGACCUAUGUGUGCAACUGGACAUUUCAAGUUGGAUAAAAAAUUGAGGAUGAACGAAAAAAAAAACUGCAAGCAGAAACACUCUAAACUAGGCCAAGCCAUAGAGUAGUUCUGUAUAGUGGUGACCACUCCCUUGAGUGGAUGCAAUUUUAUAUAGAACCUUUUUAUCAUAUAAUGUGAAAGUGCUUUAAAGUGAAGAAGGGAAGCUUACCUCAGCCACCAAUGUGUAGCACCCACCUAGGUGAUCCAUGGUAGCCAAAUGCACAAGACUUCUCACUACACAUCAGCACAGGCAGAGAGGAGGGAAAGAUUAGGCAAUUAAAUAAAGGGGUCAUAUAUUAUUGGAAAAUUGAGGUAAUGUGUGUGUGUGUGUGUGUGUGUGUGUGU